CAACGCCGGUGGCGUAGCCAAGAGAGCAGCUGUGGCUGCGACUCCUUAAAUAGCAUCGCAACCCGGCGCGGGGCAGUUCGCGGAUUGCAGUGACAGCCGCCUGUGGAGCAGCCCGGGCAGCGGAGGAGAAUUCUGCCUAGAGAACCACCAACACAGAACCAUGGAAGUCCAUGAAUUGUUCCGGUAUUUUCGAAUGCCAGAGCUGAUUGACAUCCGGCAGUACGUGCGUACCCUUCCAACCAACACCCUUAUGGGGUUCGGAGCUUUUGCAGCACUCACCACCUUCUGGUAUGCCACCAGGCCUAAGGCCCUGAAGCCACCAUGUGACCUCUCCAUGCAGUCUGUGGAAGUAUCGGGUACCACUGAUGGGGCUCGACGGUCAGCAAUCCUCGAGGAUGACAAGCUCUUGGUGUACUACUACGAUGAUGUCAGAACCAUGUACGAUGGCUUCCAGAGGGGGAUUCAGGUGUCAAACAAUGGCCCUUGUUUAGGUUCUAGAAAGCCAAACCAGCCCUAUGAGUGGAUUUCCUACAAAGAGGUUGCAGAACUGGCUGAGUGCAUAGGCUCCGGGCUGAUCCAGAAGGGUUUCAAGGCUUCCUCAGAUCAGUUCAUCGGCAUCUUUUCUCAAAACAGACCUGAGUGGGUGAUCAUCGAGCAGGGAUGCUUCUCGUACUCGAUGGUGGUUGUUCCACUCUAUGACACCCUUGGAACCGACGCCAUCACCUACAUAGUGAACAAAGCUGAACUCUCUGUGAUUUUUGCUGACAAGCCAGAAAAGGCCAAACUCUUAUUAGAAGGUGUAGAAAAUAAGUUAACACCAUGCCUUAAAAUCAUAGUCAUCAUGGACUCCUACGGCAAUGACCUGGUGGAACGAGGCAAGAAGUGUGGGGUGGAAAUCAUCAGCCUGAGAGCUCUGGAGGACCUUGGAGGAGUGAACAGAACGAAGCCCAAGCCUCCAGAACCUGAAGAUCUCGCGAUAAUCUGUUUCACAAGUGGAACCACAGGCAACCCCAAAGGAGCAAUGGUCACUCACCAAAACAUUAUCAACGAUUGCUCAGGUUUUAUGAAAGCAACAGAGAGUGCACUGACCUUGAAUGCCAGUGACACACAGAUUUCCUACUUACCACUGGCACACAUGUAUGAGCAGCAGCUACAGUGUGUAAUGCUGUGUCACGGAGCUAAGAUAGGAUUUUUCCAAGGAGAUAUCAGGCUGCUUAUGGACGACCUCAAGGUGCUUCAGCCCACCAUCUUCCCCGUGGUUCCCCGACUGCUGAACCGGAUGUUUGACAGAAUUUUUGGACAAGCAAACACUUCAGUGAAGCGAUGGCUAUUGGACUUUGCCUCCAAAAGGAAAGAGGCAGAGCUUCGCAGUGGCAUCGUCAGAAACAACAGCCUGUGGGAUAAACUCAUCUUUCACAAGAUACAGUCGAGCCUGGGUGGAAAAGUUCGGCUGAUGAUCACAGGAGCAGCCCCAGUGUCGGCCACAGUGCUGACGUUUCUGAGGACGGCGCUCGGCUGUCAGUUCUAUGAAGGCUACGGACAGACCGAGUGCACUGCUGGUUGCUGCCUGAGCUUGCCUGGAGACUGGACGGCAGGCCAUGUUGGUGCCCCCAUGCCUUGCAAUUAUAUAAAGCUUGUAGAUGUGGAAGACAUGAAUUACCUGGCUGCCAAGGGUGAGGGUGAGGUGUGUGUGAAAGGGGCAAAUGUGUUCAAAGGCUACUUGAAAGACCCAGCAAGAACAGCCGAAGCCCUGGAUAAAGAUGGCUGGUUGCACACAGGGGACAUUGGAAAAUGGCUGCCAAAUGGCACCUUGAAGAUUAUCGACAGGAAAAAGCACAUAUUUAAACUAGCCCAAGGAGAGUACAUAGCACCAGAAAAGAUUGAAAAUAUCUACCUGCGGAGUGAAGCCGUGGCCCAGGUGUUUGUCCACGGAGAAAGCUUGCAGGCCUUUCUCAUAGCAGUUGUGGUGCCCGACGUUGAGAGCUUUCCUUCCUGGGCAGAGAAGAGAGGAUUUCAGGGGUCCUUCGAAGAACUGUGCAGGAACAAGGAUAUCAAUAAAGCUAUCAUGGAAGACAUGGUGAAACUUGGGAAGGAUGCUGGCCUGAAGCCAUUUGAACAGGUCAAAGGCAUUGCUGUGCACCCGGAAUUAUUUUCUAUUGACAACGGCCUUCUGACUCCAACCCUGAAGGCAAAAAGGCCAGAACUCCGGAACUAUUUCAGGUCUCAGAUAGAUGAGCUGUACUCCACCAUCAAGAUCUAAUGUGAGGAAGAAGACUUAGAAGAAAUGGCUCACCUCCACAAUCCUCCUCGUACCAAUGGCCUUCGAGUUGGUAACUUUGCCUGCAGCGAGUGUGGGAAACGAAAUGCCAUGCCGGACUUGUCCACAGGGUCUCACCAUAGGGAUAGUCGAGGGCACGGAACACUGCCUUACUUACAGUCACCUGUGUUGCAGCCCAUGAUCCUGGGGACACACAAUUUCCAAAACGAGCCUUAAACAUUAUAAAGGGGAACCCAUAAAAGUGCUAAGUUAUUUAAGACUUCUUCAACCAAUAAGGUGGGUGUUACAACCUCUGUCUCCUGUUUUUGUAACUGAGGGGUUAGGACUUGCUCUUUCUGAUAUGUCUGCUGCUUGCUGCACAUUCUGCAGCUGUCUGCUGCUCUGAAGAGUACAGUACACUGGAGGAAAGCUGUCCCUUUAAGAACAACUGUCCAGGCUGAAGAAAGUCACAGUGGACCAGAGAUUUUUCUUUUAACCCCUUCCCUGCCCGCCCCUUGCCCCUUUCCCUCCCUCACAACUUCACAUGCAGUGCACUCACAUGGCCUGUCUGGUUUGUAAGGCUUCCAGGCCGUCCCUGCUGUGCCUGCUGGAAACCUCAGACCCUCCUCAGAACGAUGUGGGUGCCCAGUCUCAGAAAACAAAAUGGUGGCUCCCGAAUUGAGCCAGUAGCUUGUGGCUCACACAGAUGUUCUCAGACUCCUCUCCAAAUCUGGUCUCCUGCCACCCUCCCCUUUGUCCCAGGGGUUAUAAGAAAUCCUGCCUUAGACUCUGCAAUGAAGAUGGUAUUUCAGAGAAUGAUCUGGAUCGGCCAUGCUCAACUGUGAUGCCUCCAUUGCUGUCCACCUGCUCGUCUUGGAACCAGCUCGUGUCUGCAAUGGCCUCUGGGCUCCAAACGUGGUUUUCCUAGCAAAUGAUAAUGUGGUGAUCCACUUGCUUAUUUUUUUCCUCCCAAUUAAACUCAGGCAAAGCAUGUCUUCAAAACUAUUUAGGGAGUUGAUACACGUGGGUACUUAUUAAAAUGGACAGUAAUAAGAAACUAUCCUUAUUAUAAAACUACCUGAUUUAUGUGAAAUGCAUUCGACAAGCCAAAAAUCUGGGGUGAAGAAAUCUGGGGAAAAAAAUCAUAUCCUGGGAUUUACUUCCCAAGGUAUAUAUAUAUUUUUUAAGUUAAUCUGGGAAAUUAACAGCAUUUCACUUUACUGCGAGUCUUUGCCACAUCUGACCUACCCAAGCUGUUGUUGAUCCAUUUGAAGCCACUGUCGUUGGCUGUGUGACUGCGUGUGUCAUUGAAGCACAACCGGGUUUGCACUAAAGAACCGUCAUUGUAAUAACACUAUUUGGUAGCCUAACUUCAUAUUCGUAAUUCUUAAUUGCACAGGAAGUUGAUAAUUUGUCACAACGGGGUUUUGAAUGUUUGCUUUCAGUGUUGGCUAUUUCUAUGUUUUAUAAACCAAAAACAGAAUUUCAAAAAAAAAAAACAAUGAAGGAAACCAAAAUAAAUAUUUCUGCAUUUGGAGUGAGUG